CCUGGCCUGACCCUUCACGAUGGCGUCGGUCGCAGGUCGGUUGGCUGUAGUAAUUCCCGUUACUGCAGCCUGUGCUCGAUCUGGGACGGCCGCCGGGUAGAUAAUCACGCUUAAAGUAUGCUCGUUAACUUCAAGGUCGCUACAUAACCUUCGAAUCCCUUCGCGUCUGGCUUUCCGCCCAUUCCAUUCAGCGAGAAACUUCACCGCACAUAAUCUCCGGAUGGCUAUCCUCGAGUGCUUUGCGUCCACCGGCUUCGACGACUCCUCCCUGUCCGAGAUCAAGCAUGCAAUCAGCGAGGCCGGAGACCGACUUCAACUGACAUAUGCCGCGCGCGAGAUCGAGAAUCCUGACUACGUGAACUGGGUCUUCCAAUGGACCUCGGUCCGCGCGCGCGACGCAGCGCUCGCCGAUGGCAGCUACCAGCGCUUUCUCGCGGCCGCCGGCACCGUCUCCGAGCGCGCCCCCGUCGUGAUGAGCCUAAAGGACUCCCAAUACGGCGUCCUGGAGCGCAUCCUCGACACGCCUGUGCCCGAGAUCGCCGUGACAGCGGUGAAGAACGCCGCCUGCCGCGAAGGGGCUGAGCGCGCCGUCCAGGGCAUGCUGGCCAAUCCGCACGAGCGCACGACGCAAGGCGAGCUCGUCCUCGCUGCGGUGGACGACGAGGACUGCAUCGUCUUCAUCUGUGGGUGGAACUCGGUUGAGGAUCAUAUGAUGGAGCUUGCGAAGGAAUCUCAGAAAGCGGUCAACGAUUUGGCCAUGGAGAACAUGGAGGCUCGUUAUGUAUCGCACUGUUCGAAGAGGAUGAUCUGAAUGUCCGGAUAAUCGAGAUAUCGAUAUGCAAUAUAUCUACGUUGCGAAGCCGCUUUGGGAUCUUGUGUGUGCAUCGGCAGUGGCAGCAUGGC